AGGAGGAGAUUUUGGAUGAUGUUAAAAACUGCAAGGGAGUAACGUAUUUUCUCUAGUUACCGAAGUUUCACGGUAGGUAGUUGAAAUUAUCCAAAGGCCAAAAUAGAUAAAAGGGUAGAAAAGGAAGACAAAAACAAAAAAUACAAAAAAGCAUGGCAGUUGCAGCCGCCGUGCACGGCGGUUAUCUUCCCUCCAAAUUCCGCCGCUUCACUCAGCCAACAUUCUCUCAAAUCAGACCAACGCCGCCACCGCCGCCAAUAUUCAUCUCCACAAACCCUAACGAUGUAAACCCAAUUCACGUUAGAGACCUCUAUUCUGUAUGCAACCACUCUUGCCACCGUUUUCCGAAACUGAACUCAGAAGGUAGAGUUGAGCCGGUGGAUAUCGACAAGCUCAGAAAAGCUUUACUUCAUAGCUACGUCGUCGUUUCUGUGUUUACAAGACCCGAAUUUGUAUCCGAUUUGGCGCCGGGUCGGGUAUCCGGGUCGGGUGUAACGGGUAUUGGUGGAGAUUGGAUCGGAAAGGUGGUGCCUGUGACGCCGGGAAAUGGAGAAUUGGUUGGUUUCGGACGUGCUGUUUCUGAUUCCGGUUUGACUGCUGCAAUUUAUGAUGUUAUGGUCAUCCCUUCACUACGAAAAAGAGGCAUUGGCAGGAAGAUAGUUCAAAGGAUACUAAGGAUUCUUGUGAGCAGAGACAUAUAUGACAUAGCAGCUCUCUGUUCUGAUCAACAGAAGCCGUUUUUCAGAGCAUGCGGAUUUGGAGAUGAUGUACUAGCAUCUACUACAAUGAUGUAUACUAGGUCUGCUUCUACCCACUCAGACGGUGAGCAGAUGGUAAAAUGUGCUGGUAGAAAGCUUUUGCUGGUUCCAUCACUAAGAUGGGACCUUAAAAUAUAAUCUCUAUUUUCGUGAUCAAAUAAUGCCAACAGAGCUGAAAUUUCUUCAUGUAACUUCCACGAGACUUCACAACUGCAAUUGUCACUGGAAUGUUGUAUAUCAGUUUCUUUUGGGGAGCUUCCUUGUCCUCCCUCGUUUUGUGUUAUUAUUAGGAAUUUAUCAUUUAAAAUAUCUGAAGGAAAACAUCAUAAAGGCCGUGAAGGCAAAACAUUAAGAUUGUCUUCUACCCAAGAGGGCCAAGACAAAGUUGGACAGAAGAAAGGGUGGAGAAGCUAAAGCUGGAAGGUCAUGCAUGCUUAUAUCUGUCAUUUUUCAGAUGUUAUCAAUGUGUACAGUGAAGGGGAGCCUUGGAGUAACUGGUAAAGUUGCUGCCAUGUGACCAGGAGGUCACGGGUUCAAGCCUUGGAAACAGCCUCUGGCAGAAAUGCAAGGCAAGGCUGCGUACAAUAGACCCUUGUGGUCAGGCCCUUCCCCGGACCCCGCGCAUAGCGGGAGCUUUAGUGCACCGGGCUGCCCUUUUUUAUCAAUGUGUACAGUAAAAUCUCUAUUCUUAGGUGUACUAUGGAGUAUUAUUGUAAUUGCAGUACAAACAUUGAAAUCGACCAUACUUGUGUAUAAUUUCAUGUACAGACGCCCCCACUUUGUGGGAUUACACUAGGUAUGUUGUUGAUUUCAUGCACGGACACAGUUCCAAGGAUGAAGUUUUAUUCUAUAAAGAGCUUAACAUCUUCCUUCA